AUGUUUGUGGAGCGAGAGCGGCAAGCGGUGGCGCGCUUCAACGAAGGCAACACGAGCAGCGGGCCAACGAACACAAGCACCCUGUACGCCUACUACGCGUCUCCCGAGUACCUGCAGUACCAACCUGAAAUUAACGAGAAAAUGCGUAUGAUUCUCGUCGAUUGGCUGAUCGAUGUGCACCUCAAGUUCAAACUGCACGCGGAGACCAUGUAUCUGGCCGUCAACCUUAUCGAUCGCUAUCUGUCCUGCGCCAACAACAAGGCAGACCGAACCACAUUCGUGCCACGCGCGCAGCUGCAGCUCGUCGGCGUCAGUGCGAUGCUGCUGGCGUCCAAGUACGAGGAGAUUUGGCCGCCAGAGGUGAAGGAGUGCGUGCACAUCAGUGCUAACACGUACACUCGCGAGGAGAUUAUUCAGAUGGAGCGCUCCAUGUGCACUGCGCUGUCGUUUCGGCUGACCGUUCCGACGCCCUACCCCUUUGCGUCGCGUGCGUGGACGGUGCUGGAGGGAGACGACUUCCUCGGAGUUGGCACUGACGAGGAGCAGCGUCGCCAGCACUUCGCGAUUGUGCGCCACGCCACGAGCUUCUUCAUGGAGCAUGCACUACUGGACUACAAGUGUCUUCAGUUCACCCCAUCGCAGAUCGCUCACGCGUCGGUGUUUCUGGCGUUACUGGUGCUGCGCACGAAACUGGAGCUACCCAAGGCGUCUAACUUUCCUGUGUGGACGGAUGCCCUGCGGUACUACACAAAAGCUGAGGUGCACGAGUUCCGUGGCUGCGCUGAGGUCAUCCUCGAGUACGUGAACUACGUCCCCACGACCAAGUAUCAAGCAGUGCGCCGCAAGUAUAACAGCGGACGCUACAUGGAAAUCUCGAAAAUGCUGCUGCCUAACGAGCUGCCAACAAUGUAA